GCAUGCGCACAUCAAAAAAGAGUGCGGACUUCGCAGCUCUCCCAAUAUUAAAUAGUUUGAUGGCCAUAAUUUGAUAAAUCAUGUCGAAAGCACCAUCUCAGGCCGGUUCUUCGGGUGCCGCGGCCAACCUGGGCCCUUCAUCGUCCUCCUCCUGCUCCUCACCCUCGGCAGGCGGCACGACGUCCCCCGCUAACGUGCUUCACGCACAGCCCGAGAAACCCCAGCACUACACGUAUCUGAAAGAGUUCAGGACGGAGCAGUGUCCCCUGUUUGUGCAGCACAAGUGCACUCAGCACCGCCCCUUCACCUGCUUCCACUGGCACUUCCUGAAUCAGAGACGACGGAGGCCGAUUCGCAGACGAGAUGGAACGUUUAAUUACAGCCCUGAUGUGUACUGCGUUAAAUACGACGAGGGCACAGGGACAUGUCCCGACGGAGAUGAGUGUCCAUUUCUGCACCGAACAGCUGGAGACACAGAGAGACGGUAUCAUCUGCGGUACUAUAAGACUGGUUCCUGUAUCCACGAGACUGAUGGGAAGGGCCACUGUAGUAAGAACGGCCCUCACUGUGCCUUUGCUCACGGCUCCCAUGACCUCCGUAGCCCCGUCUAUGACAUCAGAGAAGUUCAGGUGUUAGAAGCCCAAGCUGCUACUGGAUUGGUUGAGGGAACAUCUGGAGAAGGGCAGUCAGGAGUUGUGGCCAGCACUGCACUCAUAGAAAAGAUCCUGAGUGAAGAUCCACGCUGGCAAGACAAUAGUUUCGUGCUCUCCCAUUACAAGACUGAGCUUUGCAAAAAACCUCCGCGGCUGUGUCGUCAGGGCUAUGCUUGUCCCUACUAUCACAACAGCAAAGACCGCAGACGGAGCCCUCACAAACACAAAUACAGAGCCCUGCCGUGUCCCUCAGUGAAGCACAGCGAUGAGUGGGGGGACCCCAGUAAAUGUGAAAGCGGAGAAAGCUGCCAGUACUGCCACACACGGACAGAACAGCAGUUCCACCCGGAGAUUUACAAAUCCACCAAAUGCAACGACAUUCAGCAGAGUGGCAACUGUCCCAGAGGGCCGUUCUGUGCUUUUGCUCAUGUAGAAAAAGUGACUGUCAGUGAUGAGCAGCUGGCCGCACAAUGCAGUUCACCUCCUCUAGAUACUUCCUGCUCUGCUCUCUUAGAAGACUUCAGCCAGAGAGGGCCGAGUGCCAGUACAGAGGAAGGGCUGCUGGGAAGGGUUCUGUUUGAGGAGUCCUCCAGUCUUGAUGCCAGUCCAGGAGGAGAGGGGGGUUAUGGGAAAGCCCCUGGGUUUGAGAGGGAAGACCAGGCCAAACAUAAAAGUUUUUUAAUGGAACAGCGCAUCAGAGACAUUUCAUCCAUGCACAGCAAACAGGAUUUAUUGGUGUUUCUGCCUGUCGGCAGUCCUCUCAGUAUGUCCUCCAGCAUACCUUCCAGUCUGGCAGCCACCCCACCCAGCCCUGCACCCCCCGGCCCGUCUUCAGGCAUGAACGCCAACGCUCUUCCCUUCUACCCUACAAGUGACACGGUGGAGUCUGUAGUGGAGUCUGCAUUGGAUGAUUUAGACCUGAAUGACUUUGGAGUCUCUGCGCUUGAGAAAAGUCUGGAGAGUUCAGCUCUACCCAGCAUGGGCCUCAUGUUGGGAGGCAGUCAGUUACAGAGUUCAGCACCUGUCAACAUCCCUGGCUCGCUCAGUAGCCCCUCCCCUUUCAGAUCACCCUCACCUUCUCCACCAAUCAGAGCCCACCACUCUCCAUUCCUCUCUGCACAGUUGCCACAACCCAGCCAAUCAGAGAGCAGUUUUUUGGGGACCUCCCAUGGUUCUUUAGGUUUAAAUGGCAUGAGCAGCAGUAUUUGGGAACAUUUUCCGACAGGCCAAAGUUCGCCAGGUACCCCUCCUGCCCUGCUUUCCACAGGGAGCAUGUACACCGAGGCAUCACGUCUCAAACAGGAAGUGGAGGAGGCACACAGGGUGCUGAAACACUGGGACCACAGCUGGAGACAGAUGGCUCAGGUCAGACUCCAUCUGUGUUUGCGUGUGUACCUAAAAGACCAUAUUUCACACUUUUAUAAUGUUUUAUUUUUUCUCACUGAUGUUAGACAAGGUUUCUUGUGCCUAUCUAGUUUUCCAUGACCUCAUUUUUCACCCUUUUCUGAUUCAGAGAAUUAAUCAGGUAUGAUAUUGGUUCUGUAUCUUUAAGACUUCCACGUGGAAAUAUGAUUUGCUAUCCUGUUUGCAUAUAAAAAAUACCAACAUAUUCCAGGCUGUUGUUCAUCAGGUUUUUGAAUAAUAAUUAAGUG